CUGCAACUACGACCUCCAACAGUGGUGUUGCAUUCUGUGACCAGUCGCAAUCCUCGCUUCCCAUUUACAUUCGAUUUGGUCUUCGGAAUAGCAACAUCCCUCGGGAACUUGGUGAAAACCGAUGUCAAGAUGAAAGAUUUUGCAUCAAUCUUACGAGCAUUAAAUUUUACGGAAAUGAGUGAAGCAACCUUUGUGAAAUAUGUUGAUAAAAUUGAGACAAGUCUUGCUAUGUACACGCCACUCCUCUCCAGCAACAACCUAACAAGAGCAACCCGCGUUUUGAUCUUGAUGAUUACCACACUUAUGGGGACUGUACUGAACGGAUUCUUUGUGUCAUCAUUUGUUAUUGACGAGAAUUUAAGGAAUAUUGGAAAUAUUUUUAUGGCCUGUACUGGAGUGACCGACCUGGUAAUUACCUCUGGAGUGUUACCAACGAGCAUUGUGGUGCUUUUGUCCGGAGCGGUAGAUAAUGCGACAACAUGCAAAGUUAUUCAGGGCACUGUCCAAACUUCUACUUAUUGUUACAACGCCUUCUAUGCGUUUGUGGCCCUGGAAAUCUAUCAACGUGUCAGCCAAGAGAGCCCGGCCCCUCGUCCUUUUGUUUCCAAGGGAAUUGGCAUACUCGCUGCUCUGGUCUUUGUAAUUAGCGGCGUGCUGUCUGGAGCUGGUAUCUACUAUGAUUUGGAUUACGAUUUCUGCGGUCGAACACACCAAGGGGACUACGUGUUUCGUAUGACUACAGCCAUUAUCUUCUUGUUCGUUCCAGGAAUAGUGGCAUUUACCUUUUUGGUGCUUUCAAUUGUGCAGGUUCGUCGCAAGGCUCUACUGCAUUCUCAAUAUAGGCGAUCUAGACAAUACAAAUACGACAAAUCUAUUACCAAAUUAAACUUCAUAGCUUAUACGACAUUCGUCUGCUCCUGGCUUCCCUACUUCAUUGUCGUCCACAGAUACCCAAAUGCUAGCAACGCUAUUUUCUACGAGUCCGCCUAUUGUGGAGUUUUCCGCUCCCUAGUACCCGGAUUUUUAUAUGGAACUGUAAAUUCGAUCUUCCGAAACGUAUACGGCGAUAUUUUAGGGUACUGCUUCUGCCAGUAUGAACUAUACAGUCCAUACAGACAUUCCGGCAGGGGCUUGGAAAUGACAACUACUACAUCAUCUGGUGAGGUUAGAGUUCACAUCAUGCAACAAGCUGUGUCGAUUGGUUCCCAUCCUCGUUGCACCUGCGUAACUCGAAACCUCUAA